AUGAGUUCAGACAAUUCUACCAAGGUUUCUUACUUUGUCUUGGCUGGCCUAGAUAUUGAAGCAGAUCUUCAGGUUAUCGUCUUCUUAAGUUUUCUCUUAUUUUACAUAAUAAACUUGGCAGCAAAUCUCUUUAUAAUGAUUGUCGUUAUUUCUGAUCUCACUCUCCAUACGCCCAUGUAUUUCUUCUUGGGGAACUUGGCUUUACUUGACAUCAGUACCCCAUCAGUGAUAGUACCCAAGAUGCUCAUAGAUCUUAUGUCUCAGAAGAAGAUGAUCUCGUUUUAUGGUUGCAUGAUGCAAGUACUUUUCUCUCAUUUCUUUGGUAGCACCGAAGUCGUACUGUUGUCAGCCAUGUCCUAUGACAGAUACGUGGCCAUUGCACAUCCCCUGAGAUACUCCACCAUCAUGAGUUUCAAUGUCUGUUUAUGCUUGGCCUCGUGUUCUUGGGUUAUUGGAUUCUCACAUGCAUUGUUACACACUAUCAUGACCUCAAGGCUACCAUUUUGUGGACCAAGUGUAGUAAAACAUAUCUACUGUGAUGUUAAACCAAUGCUGAGCUUGGCCUGUACAGAUGUGUCCCUAAAUUACAACCUGCUCACUGGAGUCACUGGAACAAUUGUUAUAAUAACCUUUAUUCCAACAAUCCUUUCCUAUAUCUUCAUUGGAAAAUGUAUUUUUAAAAUCAAGAGCUUACAAGGAAAAAAACAUGCCCUGUCUACGUGUAGUGCUCAUCUUGUUGUAGUUACUCUCUUAUAUGGAACGGCCAUAUUCAUUUUUGCUCAGCCAUCUACAAAAGGCUCUUUGGAUCAAGACAAAACAGCUGCUGUUAUACUCACCAUCAUAUCUCAAGUUUUACACCCAAUCAUAUAUACAUUAAGGAACAAAGUAAUGAAGAAAGCUUUGAAGAAAUUUUUCUUCAGAUUCCAUUAA